GGUCUAAAGAUGGCUGAAUUCGAACCGUUCCCAGUGUCCCUCGACUACUUCGCCGCGAAACCCGAACCCGCGCCCCACUCCGACGCCCCGUUCCUCCCGUACUGGGCCCGCUGUCGCGCGCAGUGCGCCCAGAACCUGCUCGACUACUCCGACGAACCCAUCGAAUACGAUCACGACGACGAGGACUAUCGCGAUAACUGCUUCUUCUUCCCCGAAGACUGCUCGUGGACUCCGCCUAAGGACUGGGUCGUGGAGGCGCACUGCCAAUCGCUCAAGAAGGCCCCGGAGAUCCAGCACGCAGAGACCCCGGCUGGCCAAGACAUCGCCGACGACACGAUGAUUCCCGGUUUACCUGAUAUCAAGAUGCUGGACUCGGAGGCGCUGGGUGACCUGCUGGAAGAUAAUCUCUCCCCGCCGGAGAUCACAACGAUGAUCGUGUUCGCUACCAACGGCGCUGUAUUUGCCUACGCUUCCUCCCUCUCCUCUCGCCAGCUGCGUAACCUCAGCUCGACCUACGGUGCCGCAUACACCUGCUACGCCAAGACUGCUUCAAGCGGAAACCUCACCGGAGUCAAUCCAGCGAGCCACCCGUCGUCCUACGUGACAGCCCAAUCGAUGUCGCUGGGUGACGUGGGAUCGAUCGUGUUCGAGCUGGAUGACUCAGUGGCCGUGGUGACCCGGAUCGCGGACAAAGUCCUCCUGGCCGCUGUGGGCCCUUCCGGUCUCGACGCCACGGCAAAUGGCGCAGUCCCCGACCACCUCGCGCUUGACGGCCCGUGUGACGCAACAGCAAGUAAUGGAGUCAUGUUGGAUGAGUCACAAGGCGACGACCUGCGCACAGCACCCGGCGCACCCCCAUCUCCGAAUCCACCCGUGCGCAACGGCAGCCUCGAGGCCCAACACGAGAUCGACCGGAGUGCCGACCUCUCCCGACUAGCUAGUCUGAACCUCUCUGCUUCCCCUUCUGUGCUACUGGCCCUGGAAUCGAAAUGUGCGGCUCUGGGCCGGUUUUUGGGAGAAAAAUUGAAUGAUUUGGAGAGCCCGGAGGAUUUUUGA